UCCGUUUUGGCGCACGCGGAAGUGAAAGAAUCCGAUUUCCUUUUCCUAUAAAUUUCAAAAAUAAACACGGUAAACUUUUGUAGGCGCUAAGUAUUUAAUUUUAUUUAUAAACUAAGUUCAGAUCGCAGUAUUGUGAUUGUGCUUUAGUGAAUUUCCAAAGAUGGAAGUAACAGACUUUAGUGAUAUUCUCAAUGGUCGUUCAAUAAAAAUGGAAAGCAAUGAUGGCCCGUUUGAUGAUAACACUGGCGUAGAAUCUUCGGAUCCAUUAUCAAUGAUUCCGCAGUAUGUUACAGAAAGUGAUUUGGGUUUGAUCCCAUCCGGAACAGAAAUCCUACAAACUCCCCUGACCGUCUUCAAUGACACUCCUGAUGAAGAUGACACGAUGCAGAGCACAGAUUCUAGCGAAGAGGUGAUAGUACAAUUGAUGGACAUAAGGACUCGACUGUCGAAACUGCGCACCAUGCUGGAGAGGAGACUGGGCGUUGACCUCUCCGAUCACACAUUCUGGCUGCAAGACGCUAAGAUGCUGGAAAGCCACAAAACUUUAGUAGAACAGUGCAUCCGAGGGGAAGGCGUUGUGCAAGUCAACAUACAAAUCAAAUCAAACGAGAGAAAAAUCAACAUAUUGGACGUUCUGAAACCUGACGAGGAAUUGGUGCCGCUAGCCACUGAGCCGAGGAUGGAUGAUGACUAUUUACCUCUAGAAGAUUCUAUGACCGUUCAAGAAGAACAAACAACAGCAGAAGAGGAGAAGUCAUUGCCAUACGCGGCGUGCGUCAAAUGGGUGGUAGACUCUCAGUUCAAGGCCGACCAUAGAGUAAGGGUGCCGGAUGACCCCAUGCAAUGGUCCGUUCAGCACGUGAAACUCUGGAUCCAGUGGGCGGUGAGACAGUUCAAGCUGUCUGGAGUGAGGCUCGCGGAUUGGCACAUCACCGGUGAACAGCUGUGUCACAUCACCAACAAACAGUUCAAAGCAAAAGUACCUUCUGACCCGGGGGACCUGUUCUGGACGCAUUUUGAACUGCUAAGGAAAUGCAAAUUUAUUGCGGUGGUACAGAAUGACGAGUCUCCACUCAAAGAUAGCUUAGAAGUGCCACAGUCUGCCAUUAAGAAGAAACCGAAACAGCUUUAUUUAAGAGCCAACAACGACGAGGAAUCGGCGGCUCACGCGACCAGGAACGGCAACAACGGGCAGGUGCAGCUGUGGCAGUUCCUGCUGGAGCUGCUCACCAGCGCGGAGCACUUCGACGUCAUACGGUGGCACGGCGCGGAGGGCGAGUUCAAGCUGCUGGAGCCGGAGCGCGUGGCGCGGCUGUGGGGCGCGCGCAAGCACAAGCCGGCCAUGAACUACGAGAAGCUGUCGCGCGCGCUGCGCUACUACUACGACGGGGACAUGAUCGCCAAGGUGGCCGGCAAGCGAUUCGUGUACAAGUUCGUUUGCGACCUACGACAACUUAUCGGCUACGACGCCGGGGAGCUCGCCGAGCUCGUAAAGGGCGUCCACGACGGCGGGGCGUGCGAGGAAUAGCUGGCUUCUACGACAACACGCCGCAGAGCAGAAUGGGGCCGCUCUCCGUGUGGUUAAAGGCGAUUGAGGGUACUUCAAUUCAGCGCUACGAAAGUAUUCUUCAAAUGGGUUGACGUGAUGCGAUGGCUGGUCAUGAAACUGAUGUUAUACUUUUCAGUUGAAAGAAGAUAAAUUGUUAGAUGCGAGCUUGCAUGAAGAGAGUUAUGAAUGUGGAUGAAGCGAAGGAAGUGUGCAGAGAUCGUGGCAAGUGGAAACAUGUGGUCUCUGCUUCUCCCUCCGGAAAAAAAAUGAUAAAUUCUUACUAUCUUGAUGCAGGGCUUUGACUCGACGGCAUAUGAUGAGAAUACGGGGUAGACAGAGCCAACAGUCUUGAAAAGACUGAAUGGCCACGUUCAGCUAUUUGGCUUAAUGAUAGAAUUGAGAUUCAAAUAGUGACAGGUUGCCUGUAAUAAUCCCAAGUUUGUAAGCCUAUCCCUUAGUCGCCUUUUACGACAUCCAUGGGAAAGAGAUGGAGUGGUCCUAUUCUUUUAUGUAUAGGUGCCGGGAACCACACGGCACACCUUUAUUAAAUAUAAAUGAAACAUAUGUACAUCUUUCCAAUUAGGUAAAUAUUGUGAAAAUGAUCUUUUUGACUUUUUUAUUAUUGUGUAAAUAUAAAAAUUUAUUAGGUUAUUAAGUUUGAAUAAGAGUGUUCUGUAAAA